AGGCGGGGGCGGGGCGGGCGGCUGCGGGUGCCCUCCGGGCCGCGCGGGGCGCUGUGGAGCCCGGCGGGAGAGCGGCCUGGCUAUGUCGGCAUCGCUGCUGCGCCGCGGCCUGGAGCUGCUGGAGCCGCCGGGCCGAGCGAAGGUGCCGCCGGGACUCCAGCGAGGCCGGGCCGGCCCCAGGGCGGCGGGCGCGGCGAGGCGGAGGAAGAGGGCACCGGAGCCCGGCAGCAAGGCCACGGUCAAGGGCAGAGUCGUAAAGUCGGCGAUAGAGGAGUACCAUAAGAAGAAGCCUAUGAAUCACUUGAGAGAAAACCUGCAGUACAUGUUAAAGGGACGACUUGUUGCAGACAAAGCCGUCACAGAACAAGUUCUUGCUCAGAACAGAGGCCGAAAGUCCAAAGAUCAGCCUCCAGAGAAGACAGAAAAGAAGAAGCCCCAAGGCACUGUGUUUACUGAGGAAGAUUUCCGUAAAUUUGAGAGGGAAUACUUUGGGGUCCCAUAAACAUCGUGACAGGGAUUUUUGCAACUCAAGUCUUUCUGCAGCUUCUCCAGUCUGGCUUGCAGGCCUGGGCAUUUCCUUGGCAUGUUUGAGAUGGCACGUGGGGGAUGUGCCUCUGCCAGUGAGUGCCUCUGUGUAGGACUCUGCAUCUGGGCAGAUCUUGUUACUGGCCAGCUAAAGCCACAGAGGUGCUCUUGGCUCUGAGGUGGGUUGUUCUUAUAAUUAUCUUCCUGCAGCCAGCAUGUCUUGCAUUCUUGAUGUAGAAGGGUGGACCAAGCCAAAUAAAAAUCUUUUUCCCCUUCCUCAGGAUAUAA